UCUCCGGAUCCAUGCAGCACCUCCAUGCGGUGCAUGGGGGGGCUCUUAAUGAAUCACCCUCUGCUUUUGGUCCUCAUCGGGGAAAUGUGCAGCCCGGCACUGAUUGAGUAAAAGGUCCAAGUCGUCAAGUGCAGGUGGAUCCUCUUGCACGAGUGGGUGUUGUUGAUUUUUUUUUAAACACUGCAGGAUAUUCUUCCAAGUCCACCAUGCUCAGACUGGAGACUCUGGUUUGCACUUUUUCCGCGCUGUGCAUCGCAGCCAAAGCAGAAUUGAAAGCGAGGAAUUGUAGCGAAGUGAGGGAGGUUUGUGCAGCCAAGGGCUUCAGCUUCGUGCAUGUUCCCCUGCAGGAGAUCUCAGGUGAACAUCUUCGAGUGUGUCCGCAGGGAAACACGUGUUGCACCCAAGAAAUGGAGGACACCUUUGGCCAGCGGAGUAAGCAAGAGUUUGGCGAUCUGGUUGAAGAGAUAAGUCAUGACUUGAGAAGCGUCUUUGUCUCCAGGCAUCAGAAGUUUGAUGAAUUUUUCCUGGAGCUUCUGGACAACACGGAGAGGUCCUUAAACGAGAUGUUUGUAAGGACUUACGGCAAGCCUUACAUGCAGAAUGCAGAGGUUUUCGAGAACCUUUUCGCCGAGCUGAAACGGUACUACACGGGAGGGAACGUCAACCUGGAGGAAAUGCUUAAUGACUUUUGGUCUCGCCUGCUGGAGCGCAUGUUCACCUUGCUCAAUUCCCAGUACGUCAUCACCGAGGACUACCUGGAGUGUAUCAGCAAGUACACUGACCAGCUCAAGCCCUUUGGAGAUGUACCCCGUAAGCUGAAGGCUCAGGUCACGAGGGCGUUCAUCGCUGCCCGCACUUUUGUCCAAGGACUCUCUGUUGGCCGGGAAGUGGCUCAGAGAGUAUCUAAGGUGAGCAGCACUCCGGCGUGCAUGCGAGCGAUGACAAAGAUGUCGUAUUGCCACUUCUGUCAAGGCAUGCCGGCCAUUAAGCCCUGCAAGAACUACUGCCUCAAUGUAAUGAAGGGCUGCCUGGCCAAUCAAGCCGAUCUGGACUCUGAGUGGAACCAUUACAUCGAUGCCAUGCUGCUGGUGGCUCAGAGACUGGAAGGACCUUUCAACAUAGAAUCUGUCAUGGACCCAAUUGAUGUGAAGAUCUCAGAGGCCAUCAUGAACAUGCAAGAUAACAGCGCCCAGGUCUCCUACAAGGUUUUUCAAGGUUGUGGCCAGCCAAAACCCUCAGGAAUGAGUAGGUCUACCCGUGGCGUACCGGAUGUGUUCAACGCCCGCUUCAGGCCGUACAACCCGGAUGAGCGUCCAACCACGGCAGCUGGCACAAGCCUAGACAGACUGAGGAUUAUUUGGACUACGAUGCAACACAGUGUGGUUGAUAUUAAAGGUAAACUGAAGCAGUCAAAGAAAUUUUGGUCCAGUCUGCCUGAGGAGAUGUGUGCCGAGACCAGACUGACUGCAGGGAAUGUUACCGAUGACCACUGCUGGAAUGGACACACCAAGGGGAGGUAUUUCCCCGAAGUGGUAACGGAUGGCCUGACCAACCAGGUGAAUAACCCAGAGGUCACCGUCGACAUCACCCGUCCAGACACGUUCAUACGUCAGCAGAUUAUGGCUCUUAGGGUGAUGACCAACAAGCUGAAGAACGCCUACAACGGGAACGACAUCUAUUUCCAGGACUCAAGCGACGAGGGCAGCGGUUCAGGCAGCGGCAGCGGCUGCACGGAGGCCUGCCCCACAGACGCGGCUGUGCCCGCUUCCGAGGCCCCUCUUGUGGAAGCAGACCGGAGCGAGCCGAUGGGCGGCGCCUCUUCUCUCUGCGUGCCCCAUCUAGGCCUUCUAUCUACUCUGGCUCUCUCAGCCUCGGCCCUCCACAUGCACUGGAGAUAAUGCUGGGAGAAAAAACGGGUGGGGACAUACCAGACUGUACUCUGUCUGCAGGUGUGUAUGCUCGAGGGGGGUGGGGAGCAGUCAUGCGUUGAUAUUCCCACUUUCCCAAAGAAUGCACAGUGCCAUCUAGACUUUCACGGCAUCAACGCUGAUGCCGAUUCCACAAACUCUGCUGCAGAGAUUAAAACUAUUUUAUAAAUAUAUAAAAUACUCUUUGCACAUAUGACAGAGAGUAUUGUCUGUCUCUGUGUAAAGAAAAUAUAGCACGCACUUUCAUGGUUUUCUAUACUUGUGUUAGAGGGGACAUUUAACUGUCAAAGCAUUUCAAAUGUUAUUGAUGAAUAAAGGUGGCACCAAAUGUUAUAUUACAUCUGAAACACAAUGGAUUGGAAUGGAAAUAGUCAAGGGUGCAGAAGUGAGUGUUUCCCUCACAUUUCAGCAGCCUUGUUUCAUCACAGUGUAUAUCAGGGGUGUCAAACUCACUUUCAUCGUGGGCCUCAUCACGGUUAGACGUGUCCUCAAUGGGCCGUUUGCAACUGCAAAACAUAUAUACACUAUAUUGCCAAAAAUAUUUGGCCACCUGCCUUGAGUCACAUAUGAACUUGAAGUGCCAUCCCAUUCCUAACCCAUUUGGUUCAAUAUGAUGUGGGUCCACCUUUUGCAGCUAUUACAGCUUUAACUCUUCUGGGAAGGCUGUCCACAAGGUUGUGGAGUGUGUUUAUAGGAAUGUUCGACCAUUCUCCCAAAAGCGCAUUGGUGAGGUCACAGGCUUAUGUUGGUCGAGAAGUCCUGGCUCUCAGUCUCCGUUCUAAUUCAUCCCAAAGGUGUUCUAUCGGGUUCAGGUCAGGACUCUGUGCAGGCCAGUCAAGUUCAUCCACACCAGACUCUGUCAUCCAUGUCGUUACGGACCAUGCUUUGUGCACUGGUGCACAGUCAUGUUGGAAGAGGAAGGGGCCCGCUCCAAACGGUUCCCACAAGGUUGGGAGCAUGGAAUUGUCCAAAAUGUUUUGGUAUCCUGGAGCAUUCAAAGUUCCUUUCACUGGAACUAAGGGGCCAAGCCCAACUCCUGAAAAACCACCCCACACCAUAAUUCCUCCUCCACCAAAUUUCACAUUUGGCCCAAUGCAGUCCGAAAUGUACCGUUCUCCUGGCAACCUCCAAACCCAGAACAUUUAGGAGCGAGGACAUUUCACGACUGGAUUUGUUGCACAGCUGGCAUCCUAUGACAGUUCCACGCUGGAAAUCACUGAGCUCCUGAGAGCGGCCCAUUCUUUCACAAAUGUUUGUAGAAACAGUCUCCAUGCCUAAGUGCUUGAUUUUAUACACCUGUGGCCGGGCCAAGUGAUUAGGACACCUGAUUCUGAUCAUUUGGAUGGGUGGCCAAAUACUUUUGGCAAUAUAGUGUAUUAUGCGUAUAAUUGUCUCGUUAUAUUUACAGUUGACCCUGUAUUUGAUUGUCAUUGUUUACCAACAAACUAAUGGAAAACAUCACAAGUCAACUUGAUCUAUUGUAGAAUUUCAAAAAAGUCUUACAAUGACCAGCACCAUUUGAACGGCCUGUUGCAUAAAAUAAUGGAACAAUAUCCCGCUAAGAAUAACUGCAUCUGCAUGCAGUGCAUUUUUUAUAUGUCAAAAUUGAAAUUUUAUUUAGCAAUCAUUUUUUAAUUUUAUUUCCAAGCUUUCAUAGGCCACAUAAAAUGAUGUGCCCCCCGGGCCUUGAGUUUGACCCCUAUGGUGUCUCAAUACUAAAGUAAUAGAAUUGGAUGUACCCUAGAAUAGUACACGUUUGACACCCCUGAUCUAAUCCCUUCAAACCAAGCCAAUUGUGUAUCCCCCCUACUUCUGAAGUUCAAAUCCUGUCCCUGCUGAUGGUAAAAUGUCAUGUUGCUGUGUGAAAGUGCACACAAAGUUUAAUCGAUAUCCCACAUUGUUGCAUUUCUGUAUAAAAGGUACUCUUUUUUUUUUUUUUUUUUUUUUUUUAUCACGCCUCAGAUGCAGUGGGAAAGACGUGUUUGAUUUUGACAACAGUCUCAUGAAUACACUGAUUGUAAGUUCAAAUUGUUCCCAGCAACAUCCACAAAAAGGCAGUCCCUGAAAUGUAGGUACUUUAUGCAUCCCAUAGUGUGCCAUUUGUGCCAUUUCUAUAGAAGUAGCAGCACAAUAAUGCAGAAUGUGAGGGGAUUGUUAAGAGUGGAAGCUUAAAAAAUGCAAAGAAAAGGGUCUUGUCUGGGAAGCCUGAAUGCUGCUGCGGGCUGGAAGGCGGGCUGCAAGGCGACCACAUAGUCACCUGUGAAAUGAGAAUCCGUGGAGAGUGGAGAGCCGACAGGCCUGAAUGCAUCUUGUAAGCAGAACGUGUGUUUGUGCACACAACCCCUGAGAGCGAGCAUUAGCUUGUCUUCAUCCCAUAAACAUGUACAGUGCCAACAUAUAUUUAAAAAAAUAAAUUCUUUAAAUGAUGACUUCACACAGAAUGCUCUUUUCAAAGCCUUUAAUGGGUCAUAU